UGGUACCGCGCGGCCGCUCCGGGGCUGAGUAGCGAGGUGAGUCUUGCGCCGAGGCCUCUGCCGCUCUCGCCGCCAGCCGCGCGCCAGCCCUGCCCGGCUCAGGCCGAGGCUCGGAGGAGGCGGCGCUGCCCGCAGCUCCCUGCGUUUCUAUCCCGGCCGGGCCCUGUCUCCAGGCGCGAGGCUUCACCGCCGGGCCCAGUCUGUCCUAGCCCGGUCCGGCCCCGCCGGCUGCGGGCCUGCUGGGAGAACGAGACAGUGGUGUAUACGGGGCAUGUGGAGGACUAGGUCGUUCCAGGGGAGCCGGCAGGUGCGCGGCCGUUGUCAGGAUACCCCCUGCCUGAACGCACUGUCAGACCCGUUGUGUGUGUCUUCGGGGUGAAUCGAAGGAAACUGCGAGCCGGAACUGAGAUUCACGGGCUACUGAGCUAGGAGAGAUUGCUGAUGAAGCCCAUCUGCCUUAUGAAUGUCUUCCUGCAAGUUAGUAACUCUUGUUUCUCCUCGAAGCUGAUAAAAACCCCAUUCUUUCAGAAGAAAGUGUUGCCCUGUGUGCUCUAAAUAAUAGCAACAGUCUUGCCUUGCAGAGGAUGCCAACAGACAACAACCCUCUGCCAGACAAUAGCCAAGAACAAGACACUGUUACUACUUCAAGCAAUAAUUCCAUGCAUAAUGCUGAGGGAAUUGAACAAGAAAAUGGCAUUUGUAACAGCAUUAGAGUUCCCAACUCUGCCAGCCAGUCAUCCACCUCCAUGGCUGUUCCUUUGGAGGUGCCCGGAAGAGGACAACCCUUUUUACAGAUCAACAGGCAGCAGAUUCAGUCUGUCUCCUAUAGUGCACAGGCUGCUGAGCUCAAAGGCUUAGGAGUUGAUGUCUAUGACCAGGAAGUAUUGGAGCAAGGAGUUCUUCAGCAAGUAGAUAAUGCAAUUAAUGAAGCUAAUAAAGCAACAAAAAUAGCUGAUGCAGAGAAGGAAUAUCAGUCAGUCCUGGAUGAUUUAAGAUCAUGUACAACAUCUCUGACACAAAUAAAUAAAAUUAUUGAGCAACUUUCACCUCAAGCUGCUGACAACAAGAAUAUAAAUAGAAAACUAGAUUCUGUAAAACGGCAAAAAUAUAAUAAGGAGCAACAGCUAAAGAAGAUCAAAGCAAAACAAAAGCGCCUCCAAGCAAUUCUUGGUGGAACAGAAAUUCGUGAUAAAAUACAUGAAAUUGAAUUUGAGGAAGAUGAAGAACCUGGUCCAUCAUGUUUGGGCAGUAUGCUUAUGCCUGUUCAGGAAACAGAGUGGGAAGAGCUUAUUCGUACUGGCCAGAUGACUCCAUUUGGAACUAAAAUACCUCAGAAGCCAGAGAGGAAGGCACGACAAUUAAUGCUAAAUGAAGCAUCUGAUUUUGAGAAGUACUUAGCAGACCAAGAUAAGCUGUCAUCUGAAAGAAAAAAGUUAUCCCUUCACAAAGGAGCAAAGAAGAAAGCACAAGCCAAAACUGUUCAGCGUGCAGCUUGUGCACCUACUACAAAGGAAAAAAGUGUUAAAGCCCUGUCAAAAACAGAUAAGCAUUUAAAAAAACACAUGAGAAAACUUCAGAAGCAUGCCCUUCAGAUUCAUUCAAAGGCAAAGAUUCCAAAAGAAAAGAAAUAUGUUGAGGCCAAGAAGUCCAGACAUGAACAGGAGGAUGAUAGUACAGAGUCUGAAUAUGUACCUGAUGAGGAGCUCUUUGAUCCAGAAGCAGCAGAAGAGGAGGAAGAGCAGGCAUCUUCUCAUGCUGAAAAAGACUGUGAUUAUGAACUCAGGGAUUUGUCAAAAAAAAGAAAAUAUUUGACAAAGAGAAAUUUUAAGGAAGCUGAAGGUGACACUGACUUCUUUCCAAGCUCUGAGGAUGAAGAGCUGGGGAAACUGGGGAAACACAAAGUGAAGAGAUGGAGAGAUGAUGGAGAUGAAGGCUAUUAUAAACAGAGACUAAGGAGGUGGCAAAAAGAACGUUUGAAGGACAAGGAACAUCAAACAGCUGAGGAACUUUCUGAAGAAAGUGAUGCUGAGUUUGAAGAAGGUUUCAAAGUACCAGGAUUUCUCUUCAAAAAGCUUUUUAAGUACCAGCAGACAGGUGUUAGGUGGCUCUGGGAAUUGCACUGCCAGCAGGCAGGAGGAAUUCUGGGAGAUGAGAUGGGAUUGGGCAAGACCAUCCAGAUAAUUGCCUUCUUGGCAGGUCUGAGCUACAGCAAGAUCAGGACUCGUGGUUCAAAUUACAGGUACCAGGGAUUGGGUCCAACAGUGAUUGUCUGUCCAGCUACUGUAAUGCAUCAGUGGGUAAAAGAAUUCCACACUUGGUGGCCUUCAUUUAGAGUUGCCAUUCUCCAUGAAACUGGUUCUUACACGAACAGAAAGGACAAACUAAUUCAUGAAAUUGCUUCAUGCCAUGGAAUUUUAAUUACAUCUUAUUCCUACAUCCGGCUGAUGCAAGAUAACAUCCAAAGAUAUGACUGGCAUUAUGUGAUUCUGGAUGAAGGUCACAAAAUCCGAAAUCCAAAUGCUGCAGUCACACUUGCAUGCAAGCAGUUCCGCACACCCCAUCGAAUCAUCUUAUCUGGCUCCCCUAUGCAAAAUAAUUUAAAGGAGCUCUGGUCCCUCUUUGACUUUGUAUUCCCAGGAAAAUUAGGAACAUUGCCUGUGUUUAUGGAGCAAUUUUCUAUUCCAAUAACCAUGGGAGGAUAUUGCAAUGCCUCUCCUGUCCAGGUAAAAACUGCAUACAAAUGUGCCUGUGUGUUACGGGACACUAUAAACCCCUACUUGCUGCGAAGAAUGAAGGCUGACGUAAAAAUGAGCCUUUCACUUCCAUCUAAAAAUGAACAGGUCCUCUUUUGCCGUUUGACAGAUGAGCAGCGCCAAGUCUAUCAAAACUUCAUCAGCUCAAAAGAAGUUUACCAGAUUCUCAAUGGAGAUAUGCAGAUUUUCUCAGGACUAGUAGCUUUAAGAAAGAUUUGCAACCACCCUGACCUCUUCUCUGGUGGUCCCAGGAUUUUGAAGGAUGUACCAGAAACUGAAAUGGAGGAAGCAGAUCAAUUUGGAUAUUGGAAACGUUCUGGAAAAAUGAUAGUGGUAGAAUCCUUGCUGAAAAUAUGGCACAAGCAAGGUCACAGAGUUUUGUUUUUCACUCAGUCAAGACAGAUGUUACAGAUACUGGAAGUCUUUGUGAGAGACAGAAACUAUUCCUACCUCAGGAUGGAUGGCACCACAACAAUAGCUUCCAGACAGCCCCUUAUAACAAGAUACAAUGAGGACAAAUCCAUAUUUAUUUUUCUUCUAACAACUCGUGUUGGUGGCAUUGGAGUUAACUUGACUGGUGCUGACCGAGUUAUCAUUUAUGAUCCUGACUGGAAUCCCAGUACAGACACUCAGGCUCGGGAACGAGCCUGGCGAAUAGGCCAAAAGAAACAGGUGACUGUGUACAGGCUUCUCACUGCAGGUACUAUUGAAGAGAAGAUCUACCACAGACAAAUCUUCAAACAGUUUUUAACCAACAGAGUCCUGAAAGACCCUAAACAGAGGCGCUUUUUCAAAUCAAAUGACCUUUAUGAACUUUUUACUCUAAGCAGCCCAGAUGUGUCUCAGGGGACAGAAACAAGUGCAAUUUUUGCAGGUACUGGUUCGGAUGUUCAAGUCGCAAAACACCAAUUGAAACGGAAACCUGAAAAGCCACCUAAUAAUGACACUUCAAAAAGUGAUCUCCAUCUUACAGAAAGCAGCCCACCAAAGUACAGCAAGUCAUCCAAUUCCGACUCAACCGCCCACAUGAAUAAUUCUUCUUCUAAAGCAAUAGAGACAAGUGAGGAAACCAAGGGAAAUCUGGAAAACUUUGACCAAAAUAGCUACGCAAGAGAUAAUUCACAAGCUGCCACUAAUAUCAAUUCAUUGAAUAAAAGUGAGGAAAGAGUUGACAAAUCCAUGUCCCAGUCGUUGCCAGGUGAUGCAGGGUCUUCAGAGCGUGACAAAUGUCUGAAUGCCAUGGUGACUGAUGAAGUACCUGGAGCAACUGAAGCAAGUGAUAUGGGAGCUUUUAGCCUUACAUGUGGUGCAGCUGGCUCUUGGGAAAAGCAGGUUGCUAAAACUAAAGAUGGGCAAUUAGAUAAUAAUCACUAUAAAUGUACCUCCAAAAAAAAGCACAGGGUGGAUAUGCUGUCACAUGAGAGCCACAAAGAUAAGUCUAAGAAGAAACAUCACAAAGAUGCCAGAUUUGAAGGACAGCGCAUUCCUUAUUUAGUGAAACAAAAGCAAUACAGAAGAGAGAACAAUGAAGAGGAGGAGGAAAACUCCAAGAAAAAUGAUGAUUAUGUCUUGGAAAAACUUUUCAAAAAAUCAGGGGUACACAGUGUUAUGAAGCAUGAUGCCAUUAUGGAAGCUUCCAAUGCAGACCACGUGCUGGUGGAAGCAGAAGCAAACAGAGUAGCCCAGGAUGCAUUAAGAGCCCUAAAACUCUCUCGACAACGAUGUUUAAGAGCUGCUUCUGGUGUGCCAACCUGGACAGGCACGAGUGGUCUUUCAGGUGCACCAUCAGGAACAAAGAGUCGGUUUGGUCAAAAAAGAAACCCCAUGCUGCUUUCUUCACAUUCCACUUGUGCAUCACCUGCAAAGAAGUGCAAGGAUGCAGGCACAGUAAAGAAAGAAAAUGUGAAGAAGUGUAGUUCUGAUGGGCACUUUGAUGGAAAAUCUGGAGAAUUGUCAUCCAGUGCACUAGACUCUUCAUCGUUAUUAGCGAAGAUGAGGGCAAGAAACCACCUCAUUUUACCACAACAGACAGGGAAUGAGGGGGAUGAGAAUCAUCAGCAAGCAGCUGCCCCAGCCCCAGGUUCAACAGAAUACGACACUCUGCUGGUGGAGAUGCGUAACUUCAUAGCGUUCCAGGCACGUGUGGACGGCGAGGCCAGCACGCAGGAGCUGCUGCAACAGUUUGAGUGCCGGCUGCCCACAGCGCACUCCUGCGUCUUCAGGGAGCUGCUGCGCAACCUCUGCACCUUCCACAGGAGCCCGAGCGGCCAGGGGCUAUGGAGGCUGAAGGCAGAGUUCCGCUGAGGUCGGCAAGGCAAGGCCCCUCUCUGGGCACUCCGCCACCUCUCUGCUCUCAAACACUUACUGUUUGUCUCCUUAAGAAGGAACUGCUUCGUGUUGGUGAUUCAGCAGUUGACUGCAAAAGUCAGUGGUGCAGCACCUGUUGCAAGCUGGGAGCUAACUUAAUUUCUUACUUACACUAUUUAUAUGAAAGUCCCAUCUACCUCAUAGAUGAAACAAUACAAAGUAUCAGCACCUUUUCUUUAAAAGAAAUCUUAAUAUAAAUAGGAUGAAGAAUACAUACUGACAAUAUGCAAUAAGAACCAUGGAUGUUGCCAUGGGUUGUAAGACUUUUAUUUGAUUUCUGUGAAAUUCCAAGAAAUUCUUCCUCAAGUUUCUGUAUAUUACUUGAAUGGUCAUGGGGCACACCCUAUACCAUCAAAACAAGAUAAUUACGAUAGCAGUCAGCAUGAGAGAUUCACUUGUACCAAGUGCAUCAAAACAUUUGUGACACUUCCAUCAGUAAGGAAAACUUUGUUUUAAUAUUGGUGCUUUCGUUGUUGCCAGUAUCUAGCACAUACACUGUAACUUACAUCAGUAAUUAACUUGGGAAUUAAGUCCACUGCCACAGAGGUUUAAUCACAAAAAAUGGAAAGCCUGGCAGGAUAUUAAGAUGACUGACAAUUGAUAAUUGUGGAAAACUUAUUAUAUUACAGAAAACCCAUUUACACUGUAGUCAUCAAUUCAGUUACAGUCCCAUGCAGCACUGACAAUUGCUUGGUACAGUGUUUCUUACCACUUGAGGUGACAGUAACUCUCACGUUUGUCACAGGCUGUGGACUGAUAAUUGAAAUCCCAUUAAAUUGUCAUGGGUCUCGCUAAUUUUUGUCCAAAAAAUUUCCAGCUCCCUGUUAGUACUUCAGAUUUCAUACAGAGGUGUUGGUCAGAGGCGGAAUAGUUUAGCUGUGUUUUACUAAACAUAAUCACUUUGGGCCAGAGACACAGCUGGAGCAUAUACAGAAGGUACAGGUUAUACCUCUUCUGUAGAUGGAGAAAAUCUCAGUCUUCCUGAAAGUCAGACAAGUUCUAAUACCCAUUUUCUUCCAAGGAAGGCAAGAUCAAACCUGAGUAUUACAUUGAGUCUGUCUUCAAGAUACUAAUGUAAUAUGUAAGGCAACCUUUAAGGGGGAAAAAAUGGAUACAUCUUGAGAAGAAAACCACAUUCGUACAGCAAUAUUAAAGUACUGUAUGGCUUAAAGUAGUGUUGUGGUUUAAGCCCAGGUAGGAACAAAGCACCACUCACUGUCCACCCCAUGGUGGGAUGUGGAAGAGAAGAGAUAACAAAGGGGCCUCAUGGAUCAAGGUAAGGACAGGGAGGGCUCACUCACCAAUUGUGGUCAUGGGCAACAGACUUGACUUGGGGAAGAAAACAAAAUCAAUUUAAUCUCUCACCAAUCAAAACUAGAAAACUAGAAUAGGAUGAUGAGAAAUAACAACCAGUCCUGUAAGACCACCCUCCCCCACCCCUCCUCUUGGGUUCAGCUCCCUGCUCUUGGUAUCUGUACCUCCUUCCGAUGCAGGGGGCAGGGAAUGGGGGUUGCAAUCAGUCUGUCACCAAUGGUCUCUGCUGCUCCUUCUCCCUUGAUGAGGAAGGCUCCUCACAUUCUACUCCACUGCUCCAACCCCGAGACCCUCUCACAGGUUACAGUCCCUAAGGAACCUCUCCAUCAUGAGUCCUCCCUCAGGUUGCAGCUCCUUGCAGACUCUUCCAGUGCGGGUCCUUUCUGCAGCUGACAGCCUUCCAGGCACAUUCUGCUCCAACACCACCCCCCAGAGUCACAGCCCUUCUGGGCGCUGUUGCCUACUCUGCUGUGGGCUCCUCCCCAAGCUUCAGGCAGAGCUCAGCUCCACUGUUGCCAUCCAUGGGCUGCAGGGUAACAGCCCCAGUCUCACCACACGAUGCAGGGGAGUCUCUGCUCCAGCACACCUACUCCCCUCCUUUCUCACUGACUUUGGUGUCCCUCGUGGCCGUUUAUCUCCCAUCCUGCUUUCUCUCCUGCCUCUUCCUCCCACUGCACAUUUCCCCUUUUUAUGAUGGAGGUGCCCAGUUGGCCCAGUAUUGGCCAGAAGAGGGUCCGACUUGGAGCUGGGGGAGCUUGAGCAGCUUCUUACAGAGCCCACCACUGCAGCCUCUCCUCUGUUGCCAAAAAUGGCUCCAUUCAAACCCAACACAACUAGGAACAGUUAACUAUGCCUAAUGCCUUUCCUAUCCCUAAGCUAUUGAGAAAAAAAGGAAAACUGAGGUACCUCUCUUUUUUUGUUCAGUGUGAAAGUAUCUCAUUUACUUGAAGUGAAAGUACAAAUACUGAAAGACAAAUGGUGAAACAAUACUAGCUGUUACUGCUCAUAAGAUACUUCAAUGGAUUCAGUCAGUGCUAAAGGAUCUGUAGAGAUUUGCAAAAAGAGGUGCCUCACUGUUUCUGCCACUGCUCAGUUGGUUUUUCAGACUGGAGUUGGAGAGGGCAAAAAGUCCAAGAACCUGUUUCUUUUCCUCGUGGCAUUUGAAGGUGGGACUGUUGAACCUCUUCCUGACAUGUCUUAUGAUCUCAUUCAUAUUCAGUUACAUUCCCUUUUUCAGGAGAAAGAUGAAACCAAGGUUGCCAUUACAAAAUACUUCAAAAUGUGUUGAUAUGACUUAAAAUGGAUCAGUAAAGAGUAAAACCAAACCAGUUUUGCUGUUCUAUCAAAGCUAUAGGGAAUUUGGGUUAUUUGGGGUGUCAUGUCCCCACGCAUCCCUAUGCCCCACGACCAAACCAGGAAUUCAGCUGUCAGCAAAGCUUUUAUUGUCACCAUAGCUGUCAGUUGUGGUGUUCUGUUUUAUUUACUCUCUCUAAUCUUAAUGAUACACUUCCUGUACUAAGGAAAGUUUGCUGAUCUGUUAAUGUAAAUGGUCUUGCAUGUGGGUUUUUCUAUAAAUUAUUGGCUUUUAUGGACUUAUUAAAAAAGCAAAAUGAAAA